ACCAUUGCUAUGGGUGUUAUUGGCGACAGUCAACGCCACCAGAAAACCCCCAAAGCCUCCUGCAGCUGCGCCGUCUCCCUCCUCUUCAUUGUCAAUUCAUACAUUCCUCUCGCACGAGGCAUUCAAAGUUGUUUCUUAAAAAACGAAAAGAUAAAACAAAAAAGCGCACAAAAUGUGCAGAUUGCCGCUCCGUUAGCGGGAAGCAGUGUGCUCUUUUACAUCGACGUCAUUCUGACUGUGUCCAUAAAUAGUUUCAGGCUUAAAGAUAUAUUCUUGAAAUUCAAAGGUCACAACUUGGUCCGCCCGAUUCAUUUCCUGUCGAGAAGUGAAGUAAGGAUCAUAAAGGCAAACACCACACAGUUUUUGCAGAUGAAAAAUGAUACUUUCCCUUGGAUCCCACUAGUUGAGGAGUUUACGUUUCCUGCUAACUCAGCCCCCUUCAACAGUUGCCAUGCUUCAACGAUCGUAGAGGUCGAUAAAGAUCAUUUUUUGGUUGCUUAUUUUGGUGGUACAGCAGAAGGAGCUCCUGAUGUAAAAAUCUGGACACAGGCUUACAAGGAUGGUUCUUGGCACUCUCCUUUUGCUGUUGAUGAGCAAUUUAAUGUCCCUAUGUGGAACCCGGUGCUGUAUAAGCACCCUUCCAAUCAGUUGCUACUAUUCUAUAAAAUUGGUCAAGAGGUUCAAAAAUGGAGUGGAUGCAUGAAGAGAUCUUAUGAUGGUGGGGUUACUUGGUCAAUGAGAGAACAGCUUCCUCCUGGCAUAUUAGGUCCGAUUAAAAAUAAGCCUAUCUUGCUGGAGAAUGGGGACUUGCUCUGUGGAUCUUCCGUCGAGAGCUGGAAUUCUUGGGGCGCAUGGAUGGAGAUAACUCCAGACUUGGGUAGGUCAUGGAGAAAGUAUGGACCGAUAUACAUUCAGAACGAAACUCUCACUGUCAUUCAACCUGUUCCUUACCAGACUGCAAAAGGGAACCUACGUGUUCUCAUGAGAUCCUUUGAUGGAAUAAAUAAAAUAUGCAUGUCAGAGUCCCGCGAUGGUGGUCACACAUGGGAUUAUGCAUGGCCAACUGAACUACCAAAUCCGAAUUCAGGAAUUGAUGGAGUGAAGCUGACUGAUGGCCGUCUUGUACUGGCAUAUAAUACAAUAUCUCGUGCUGUACUCAAAGUUGCUGUUUCUUCUGAUGAUGGUGACUCAUGGCACGACAUUGCCACAUUAGAGGAGACUGAAGGAAUGGAAUUUUCUUAUCCUGCUGUUAUUCAAGCCAGUGACGGAUUAGUUCAUAUCACUUACACUUAUAACCGGACGCAAAUUAAGCACGUGGUCUUUAAACCGAAUUUGAUAUAAAGGAGCAUAUUGGAGGAAGCAUUUUGGUGUGGAAGGGUUCUCCAAGUACAAUCGAUCUGUAGGAUUGGAGAGCGAUGCUCAACUUUCUGGGGUGUCCUCGUCGAGUUGUAAAAUGGGCUACCACUGCUACUACUAUUACGUUGUUGCCUUUUAUUGAAGUAAUGAUAUAUGGUAUUCACUAAUUCUCCUACCAUCUUCUUGGCCAGUGUCACAAUAACUUGAAUCCCCACUUCAUUUAUUUAUUUUUAAAGAAGCUGGAUAACCAUAUUGUGUU